AGGCUUGACCUUGAGUCGUCUUUCUCUCUAUCUCUCUCUGAAUCUUUUCGCCAUGUCCGUCGCCGGCAAACAAAGAGGAGCUCACAUCCUCAUCUUCCCGUACCCAGCUCAGGGACAUAUGUUACCCACAUUAGAUCUCACCCACCAGCUAGCCCUCCGUGGUCUUAACCUAACCAUUUUAGUCACACCCAAGAAUCUCCCUUCCCUAAACCCUCUUCUCUCUUGCCAUCCCAACUCAAUCCAAACCCUAAUCCUCCCCUUCCCUUCCCACCCUUCACUCCCCCCCGGCGUCGAAAAUGUGCGUGACAUCGGCAACUCCGGCAAUCUCCUCAUCAUGGCCGCCUUAACCAAACUCCACAAUCCCAUCGCCCACUGGUUUCACUCCCACCCAGAUCCUCCCGUCGCCAUCAUCUCCGAUUUCUUCCUCGGUUGGACUCAUCGCCUCGCACGUCAAUUGGGUAUUCCAAGAAUCUGUUUUUACCCAUCCGGUGCUUUUUUCACUUCUAUUUAUAACCAUCUAUGGCAGAAUUUCGAUUCGAUUUCUCCUUCCCCUGCGGUGAGUUUUCCGGAUUUACCUAGAUCCCCGGUGAUCUCGGAGGAUCAUUUGCCGACUACUUUCAGAGUUUGUAAAGCCAAGAAGGGAUCUGUCGGCGAUUUGGAUAUUCUAUUGGAUGGCAUGAUGGAAAAUAUAUCGACUUGGGGGUGUAUUUUCAAUACCUUUGACUCUUUGGAAGGAGAGUAUUUAGAAUAUCUGAGGAAGAAGUCGGGGCGGGUUUGGGGAAUCGGGCCUCUCAAUUUGAUGGGCGGGAUAGAGGGGAAGUUUCGGGUUAACCCGGAUGAGGAAUCGGUUACCCGAGUCAUGACUUGGCUUGACAAAUGCCCGGAUGGGUCGGUUCUCUAUGUUUGCUUCGGUAGUCAAAAGGUGCUUAAUAAAGCCCAAAUGAAAGCAUUGGCUAGCGCUCUAGAUUUGAGUGGGGUCCGUUUUAUAUGGGUGGCUAAACCACCACCUGAGGACAUGAACAAUGAGGGUUAUGGGUUGGUCCCAGAUGGCUUUGAGGACCAGGUUGUUGGGAGGGGCAUGAUUAUUAAGGGAUGGGCCCCACAAGUGUCUAUUUUGGGACAUCAAGCUGUGGGAGGGUUCUUGAGCCAUUGCGGUUGGAACUCAAUGCUGGAGGCUAUUGUAACCGGGGUGAUGAUAUUGGCUUGGCCUAUGGAGGCAGACCAAUUCAUCGAUGCGAGAUUGUUGGUGGAGCAUCUGGAGGUGGCGGUACUUAUGACUGAAGGAACGAACACGGUGCCUGAGCCGAUUGCGUUGGCUAAGACCAUCGCCUUAGCCAUGGAAGGUGACUCGAAUGCCAAGAAAAGAGCAAAGGAACUAAGGGAUGAGGCGACAAAAGCCAUCAAGGUUGAUGGAAGCUCUUGGAAUGACUUGGAGAAUCUUGUGAAAGAGUUGACCCAACUACAAAAUUUGGCAAAAGAAAACGAGUUAGUUGCAAUUUAAUAUUUAUGUAACCGUGCAUGUUCAUUUUGUGGGUUUCCUAUUUAUGUAGUAAUAAAUAAUGGUCACUUUCAUCAUCACAAAUAAAAUUUGGAAUUAAAGGUGGGGUUUUGCAUUUCAACUUGUAAAA